GGAAGAGACAUAGAGGGAGGUGCGGGAGGAGAGCGAGAGGUGGAGUGAAAAUGGUCUUUAAAAAGCAGAUUUAAACAGGCUACCCAUCUCAUUUUGGAAGAAAUCACACCCUCACACAGUGUUUUUUUGUUUUUUUUUGGGGACUAUGGCUUCCACCACCUCGGGUGAUGUUCUGCCCACAGGCGGCAGGAUCUUCACCUCCAUUCCUGAUGUGUUCUUCCUCCCUGAAUUUGUGUUUGGAGGUUUGGUAUGGAUCCUGGUGGCAUCGACUCUUGUCCAGCCAGACAACCCUCUGGGCUGGGUGAUGUUCGUCUCCGUCUUUUGCUUCGUACUGACGACACUCUGGUUCUUCAUCUUCCUCUGCGGAGCCAAUCAGAGCAGCGUCUGGCCCUCCUUGGACGUGGGUUUUCAUUUUGUGGCGGUGGUUUUCUACCUCAGUGCAUCUGUGGAUCUGGCGUAUGUCACCAUUCUGAAAGCGACAAUUCUGGCGGUGUCUCCAACUGCUGACAAUCUCAAAUACUACCGACUGGACAUCGCUGCAGUGGUGAUGUCCUACGUGGCCACUCUUCUCUACUUCCUCCAUGCCAUUUUCUCUGCCAUCCGGUGGCAGAGGUCCUAAUGAAACAAAACAUCAAACACAAACUAAGAACAAGAAGAAACAAAAAAAAAAAAAACAGCUAACCUGUCAUUGAACUUUUCUUUUUUUGUUCUUUUUAUUUUCAUGUCGGCAACUUCCUUUGAACCAAAGUGCCAAAACAUAAAAAUAAAUGAAUGACUCACUUUUCCUAAUCAGAGAUGGAGCACUUUGGUCAGAAUAGAUGCAAGUGAAAUGAGGUUCAAGUUAAAAUGUGUUUAGAAAUAAAUGAAGUUUUAAUGAAAAUGGAUGUGUGUAGAUAACUAAUGAAAUCACAGAUUUAAUUGUUUAGUUGACCCAAAUUUUAUCGACACCGUUUUUAUCGGGACUAUUUUUUUAAGGCGUAAUUAAAAGCUGUCCAUAGCUUUUUUU